AUGCGGGAGAUUUAUGAUCUUGCCCGGAAAGCCUCGUCCGAACCGAAGAUCCUAGAAGGUUUUCUUGCCCGCUAUCCGAGCGUGGCGAGAAUCGCCGAGGACUUUGAGAACGCGCUAAAGGUUAUACAAGAGACUACUGAGUUCGACGCCGAAGACGCGAUUCGGGCAGAUUUCGAUAAAAUGCAUUACACCGUGAAGGGACGGUAUCACGCGCUCACGAGCACGGCGCCCGGAACCGCACAGGCUCAUUCCGCGAGCCACGCGUCGGCGAUCAAGUUACCCAAAAUUACGCUUCCGCAAUUUUCGGGCGAUCUCACGCUGUGGCCAUCUUUUAUCGCCUUGUUCAACACCUCGAUUCACGACAACCGACAGAUCUCGUCAAUAGAGAAGUAUCAAUAUCUGCUGGCCUCGCUAAAGGGGGAGGCGCUCAAUGUAAUCAAGAAUUUGCCCCUCGCCGCGGAGUAUUACAUGAUCGCAUACGACGCGCUGCUCGACAAAUAUCGGAACAGAAGGAAGCUAGCGGACCACCAUCUAAAGUCGAUACGCGAAGCCAAACCGUUAAAGAUAGAAUCGGCCGAUGCCCUCCAUAAAUUAUUAGAUACGUUCACCGAAAACACUCGCGCGCUAAACCUGAUGAAGUUCCCUACCGAUUCGUGGGAUUUUCUUUUGCUCAAUUUCCUGCUCGAGAAGCUUUCCCGAUCAUUGCGGGAAAAGUUCGAAUCUGUCCAUCGGGCCGAAGAGAUACCGCGAUACGCUCAACUCAUCAAGUUUCUUUCCGAGCACUGUAAAGUACUUGAGGCCAUCUCGGGUCCGUCGACCAUGCCGUUCAAAUCACAAUCGUCCGCGUCGGCUUCGUCGCUUGCAACUCGAACCGCCGACUGUCCGGUGUGCGAGGAACAACAUCUCGUGUUCAAGUGCCUUUGA